AUGACUCUAGUCCUCAACAACUGGCUCAAGACUCGAUCAUACAUCACCGGAUACACCCCAUCCCAAGCCGAUGUUGUCACCUUCAAGGCCCUCGACAAGGCCCCUGCCGUCGAGAAAUAUCCCCACGCCUACCGCUGGUACAACCACGUCAAGUCAUACGAGGCCGACUUCUCAACCCUGCCUGGUGACCCCUCGAAGCCAUUCACCACUUAUGGUCCCGAAGCGGUCGCCGUGACGGAGAACCCCAAGGACGCACCGGCUGAUGACGAUGACGAGAUGGAUCUGUUCGGAUCCGACGAGGAGGAGGAAGACCCAGAGGUUGUGGCCGAGCGUGAGCGAAGACUGGCGGACUACAAGAAGAAGAAGGAGGGCAAGGCCAAGCCUGCCGCCAAAUCUAUUGUGACACUGGAUGUCAAGCCAUGGGAUGACGAGACCGACAUGGACGAACUGAUCCAGAACGUCCUUGCUAUUGAAAUAGAUGGGCUGGUCUGGGGUGCUCACAAGCUUGAGGCCGUUGGUUUCGGUAUCAAGAAGCUGCAAAUCAACAUGGUCAUUGAAGAUGAGAAGGUCUCUCUCACUGACCUGCAGGAGAAGAUUGAGGAGGACGAGGAUCACGUUCAGUCAACUGUAAGUUUGGAUCUUCACCUAUCCCUGGGGGUAUCUGUGAGGUCUGUUUGCUAA